ACCAAAACAAAAACUUUUGCUUUGGAAGCUGACGUACAAACCCCUUCUCGGACUAGAGUUCCUUUGGGAGUCAAAAAAUUGAGUUCCUUCACAGUUUACGAUUUCCUUUUAAAAGUUUAAUUUUCGCCGGGGAGGAAAUCGGAUCCUAUCUCAGGACUACAGAAGGCUUUUACUUUUUCUUCUCUUUGCUACCUGGUUUAGUGUUUUCUUCUCUGCUGCUGGAGCGAAUGCGACCCCUCGGAUCGCUCGCAAAGCCCUCGGAUUUCCAAGUUUUUGCGGCUUCGAAUCUCCGGCAGAGGCCUUUGCAUGGAGUGUUGGAUAGUGCUUUUCUAGAAUUGGAAGGGUCUUGAGGAGAUGAAAGACGUAUCAUGGGGGCUGAUCAUAGGGCUGACAAUAGGGGUGGUGAUUGGGGUGUUUUUGGCUACAGCUGCUCUCUUCUGCAUUAGAUUUCAGAAGAGGCGUGCGCAGAUAGGGAGUAGCAGUUCGAGGAGGGCUUCAGCGAUCCCCAUCUGCACCAAUGGUGUUGACACUCGCACAGAACUCUCGGACUCGACAGCAGGUCAGGAGUCCCCCAAGUUUGCUGAGGAAGCGGGCACAUCCUUGUGGUUGGAGGGACCUCAGAGAAAGAAUUUGGUCUCAGUUUCUGGGAUUCCAAAAUACUGUUACAAGGACUUGCAAAAAGCAACUAGUAAUUUUACAACCUUGCUAGGUCAGGGAGCAUUUGGUACCGUUUAUAGAGCUCAGAUGUCUACUGGUGAGACAGUUGCCGUCAAAGUGCUUGCUACUAAUUCUAAGCAAGGGGAGAAGGAGUUUCAAGCUGAGGUUCUACUUCUUGGGAGAUUGCAUCACCGGAACCUUGUCAAUUUGGUGGGUUAUUGUGCAGAGAAAGGACAGCAUAUGCUAAUAUACGAGUACAUGACUCAUGGAAGCCUCGAUUCUCACUUGUACAGUGAAAAGCAUGAAGCGUUGAGCUGGGAAUGGAGGGUCACUAUAGCUCUAGAUGUUGCUAGAGGCUUGGAGUAUCUUCAUGAUGGGGUAAGCUCUCAUAUGAUAUCACUGCAGAAACUAACAGAAGGUAAGAAGUACUCUAAAGCUUAUGCUCUGUUGCUAUUUUUCAUGCAGGCAGUUCCACCUGUGGUGCAUCGUGACAUCAAGUCUUCAAACAUAUUAUUGGACCAGUCCAUGAGAGCUAGGGUUGCGGACUUUGGGCUUUCAAGAGAAGAAAUGGUUAGUCGUCAUGCAUCUAAUAUCCGGGGAACUUAUGGUUACCUCGAUCCAGAGUAUAUAUCAUCAAGGUCAUUUACCAAGAAAAGUGAUGUAUAUAGCUUUGGUGUUUUGCUUUUUGAGUUGAUCACAGGCAGGAACCCACAGCAGGGCCUUAUGGAAUAUGUUGAGCUUGCUGCAAUAAAUGCUGAGGGAAAAGUUGGGUGGGAGGAAAUAGCAGACUCCCGAUUAGAUGGUAUAUUCGAUGUUCCAGAACUAAAUGAUGUGGCAGCCCUUGCAUACAAGUGCGUCAGCCGAAUCUCCAGAAAGCGACCUUCCAUGAGAGAUAUGGUCGAAGCACUGACCCAUGUGGUGAAAGCAAGGUACAGCAAAAAGCACCACAGUAAGCGGUCUUUGCCCAUCACAGUGGAGGAAGAAUCUACAGAUCAAGAACCAUCAGAUCUUCGGCCUUCGUUAUCUGAACAUUACAGAGGGGAGUCGGUUGACAGCUUAUCUGAUUUUUGAUUGAGUUUAUCGUCUAUUUGUUCUUUCUUCUCUUUUUCAUAUUCUUUUCUUGCUGAUAGUUUUUGCCCGUAACAUCUUGGGCACAAGAAAGAAAAAUGGGCUCUUGUAAUUUUGAGGGUUGAUGGGUUGGGACUCAGAAUGUCCCAUGGAUUGUAAUGUUGUUGUAAUAUAAGCCAUUUCUGUUAUCAUUGUUGGUCUGCAAUGAGAAAUAGAAGGUGGCGCUGUUUCAUGGUUUUCACUUGGUAACAUUUCUUAUAUGGUCCUCAAUUUAAAUCUGGAAUUUCUUUUGUA